GGAAGCGGCUCUUACAAGAAAGAUUCGGCAGUCGAUUGGGGCUUCGUCGCACAUGGACAAGCUGGAGCUAAUGAAUGGUCAAUACAUUAUGCUCGGGGGAAUCUUGGCGGAUCACCAACCGUCGACUCUAUGCAGCAAUGGGCCGAUACAGUGAAUGACAGUAGCUAUACCUUUGACGCAAUACUGCCAUUCUUCAAGAAAAGCGUCCAUUUCACAGAGCCGUCCAUGAGGGCAAGAGCUGCAAAUGCUGCACCUGGGUAUGACAGCAGUGCCUAUGACUUGAACAGUGGUCCGCUGCAAGUAUCCUUCUAUAAUCAUGUAGAGCCAUUUUCGACUUGGAUGAAUCUUAGAAUGCAGGAUAUUGGAAUCAUAUCAACCAAGGACUUUAGCGUUGGAACCCUGAUGGGAGCACAAUAA